AUGAGACUUGGCGCUCAGGACGCGACCUAUGCGGCUUUCAAGGCCUUCGUCUCCAAGCUCAUUGCCGAUGCCGCGAAGGAGGUGCGGGUGGGGAUGGAUGGAACUCCUACGGGUGGAGACUCAUUGGGAUGGCAAGUAGAUAAGUUUUGCACAGAGUUUGAUGAGAAACUUCGACGCCUUCAAGCUCACGGCGUGAAGUUGCCGACAACUGUGCAGGGCUGGUUUCUUCUCAAAAAGGCCAAUGUGACCAGGGAGCAGCGACAACUUGUGCUCACUCAUGCACCCGGCCUCGAGAGGAACAAGGUCCAAGAAGCCUUGUACUUGUUUCUUGGCCAGGAUCACAAAGCAGCCGUGGUUCCUGAACGUCGUCCAUUUGGACGAGGCAAGGGGCACAAAGCCUUUGUGGCUGAAGAAGGCUGGGAUGAUCUCGAUGAAGCCUUCUACCAAGAAGACCACGGCUGGGAAGAUGACUAUGAGGCUCUGGCCAUUGAAUCCUGGCAGGAUGACGACUUCGGCUUCGAUCAAGAGGCCGGUUACUACCAGUACGACAAUGAGCAUGAGGAUGAAGAAGAAGGGAAGGCUCCAGAUCCCAAGGCUCGUUCAUUCGCAGCCAUCCAGUGUUUGCGCUGCGGCGCAUCCGGCCACAUGGCCGCCAACUGUCCAAAGAAGGGCACCUCGACGAGUUCCAGUCCUUCUGCUGUCAACUCACCAGCCAAGCGACAGCACACGGAAGGCAUGGCCGCAAACACCACCCCCAUAGAUGAACAUGGUCAUGUGAUUUUUGAGGAUCUCCAAGGUCGACAGCGUGUUGAUUGCACCAUGAUUGACCCUGGUGCAAGCGCCUUUCUGAUGGGCACCGGACCGUUUGAGCGCUACAUCCAACACCUUCAAGAGCUGCAGUAUCCAGUUGAUGACAUCCAGAUGACUUCCAUCAAGCGUGUUUUUCAUUUUGGUGGAGACCACAGCGUGAGUUGUCACUGGAAAGCUAGGUUGCCGGUGUUUUUCAACCACAACUAUGGCUACGUCACUGGAUUUGUCAUCUCAGGUGAGACACCUAUGUUGAUGGGUCGCCCCAUCCUUGAAGCUCUUGGUUUGGCGCUCAACUUUCAAAAGAAGCUGUUGAUGUGGGAAGACUCCCCCUGGCAGGACAUCACCAUUGGUCGACAUGGGGAAUACUUGUUGCCUCUCACAGCCGACUUCCAACCUGACAUGCUCACUCGGCCACCGGCGUUCGACCUUGUCCUGGCAGAUUCCGCCCUCCACGAGGAUGUUGAGCCCUUCACCGUGGAUUUCAAGACUUACAAGAGUCAGGAGGGGGUCUCUCAGGACGCCGGUCAGACGCCAGUGGCAGAGGGGAGCCGGAAGAUCGUGCUGAAAGACUGGAAGCGCAUUGACCAUGCGCUCAACCACACAGAGCGCCAACUUCAGGCCAUGACCCAGUUGCUCCGUUGUGCACCUCAUCACCUGCGACCAGCCUUGGAGAAGGAGACUGACACCCUGAUCAACGGCAUCCAAGAAGCAAAGAAGGCUAUGUCAGAGCUGAAGAGCAGAGGAGUCACCAGACUUUUGGAUCUCAAUGUGGCCAAUCGACGUCGCAUCGAAGACUUAGAGUCGGAAGAGGAGGAGAUGGAACAAGAAAUGGAAGAAGAAGAGGAAGACUUGCAGCCUCCUGUGCAAAGACGCCGACUUGAAGCACCAAUUGGUUCACCACAAGCUGUAGCACCUGCGCUCAAUGACGCCACUCAGCCUGCACCAGAUGAUGAACCAAUACAGUCCGAACCGGAUUUGGAGUACGCCCAAGCCUCAAGUGCUGCUGCAGACAAUGUCGAGUUCAUUGUUCGCUUUUGGAAUGAGCUGUUCAACCCUCAACUUGAGUUGAAAUCCAACCUGGCCCGGUCAGAGAGCUCACUACAACCAGUGCUGAUUACAGAUGCCAAAGCCUUGUACGACACUUACCAUAGAGAUGCCUUCAACCAUGGCUCCAACGACAAACGCACAGCCCUGGAAGUGAAAGUGACCCGCCAACAAGUUGAGAGUUUUGGCGGAAGACUCAAAUGGGUCAGUUCUGAACGCCAGUACGGCGACGGACUGACAAAGCUGUCAGCAAGGCAGCUCCUGGCCGACAGACUCAGACAUGGAUCCAUCAAGUACACUUGGGAUCCAACAUACACCGCGGCAAAGAAGAAGCCGCUCGAAAGUAGCAUGCCUCCUAGCCAUGGACGUGCGCUUUUUGCGCUGCUGCUGAUGUCGGCACUCCCGCCGGCAUGCGCUGCCGAUGGCGACGAGAAGCCACCACACCUUGGGUGGCUCUGGUGGUUGGUCAUGGUUUUUGUUGCUGCAGCAAGCUGCUUUUUGGGCCACUGGCUCACGCGGAGGCGAAACACGCCCAUCGUGAAGAACCUGACGGACUCACUCCGAGAGGCAGUGAAACUCCGAGAUGAAGCCCUGGAUUCCAUGAUUCUCUACCGGCAACGUGCCAUUGAGAAUCAGAAAGCUGCGCGUGAACAACGCAUAGCCAAUGAGCUCGUUCUUCAAGAACUGGACCAGGCUCGCUCGGAACUACAAGAGCUAAGGCAACAACGACGCCAAAGCGGACCUCCACUCACGCCCCAGGAAGAAGCAGAUCGCCGCAUAGCAGCUGAGUCUCACUAUCGUGAGACAUUGCUGGACGCCAAGGGUCUUCUCCAGAGAUGCUGGCGAGAAAUGGUGGAACACGUGGGCUGGGAAAAGAAGGCCUCAGAUGGGCACUUGGACGGCCUUUUGCGAGACGACCCAGAGGCCAUGGCUGAAGCGAAGAGACGGUUCGAUGCCUUCAUGGCAGGCGACGCGUCCCUGCUGCCAGACGACAUCAAAGAGCUCUUCGGCCAAACAAUGAAAACGAAGAUCGGAUCCUCCAAAGAGUACCAAGCCCUUCGGAACUUGCAAGCGAAAGCCACCACCAACAUCGAGCGAAAGCACGUCUAUGUCACCAUUGGCCAUACUGCAGACAUUGCCCUGAAGAAGGACGUCUUGGACUGGGUCUCUUCGAAGAAUUGGACGAAUGGAGAGAUCUUUGUGGAAGCUAAGAUGAGUUUGAGUGUAAGUUGCAAGAUGCUGAGAGAUUGCAAGUACUUGGUGGUGUCCGGAGACAUCAAGAUCCAGGACCGGUGGGGAACGGAGGCAUCGGUGCGGCUGGGAAGUGCUUGGGAAUGUGGAGAAAAACGAAUGAAUGAAGUGGACACAUGGGGUUUGAGGUAG